AUGUUCUGUUGCUUCUGUCGCUCGCGAGCCGCGGACGAUGACGACGACUACGCCACGUCACUCCCCCCCGCUCCCGCGAACCGCAAGCACGCCGCGCCAACCGCGACCGGAGCAUCCGCGGGCGUGCACGAGUUCGCGAGCCAGAUGGCGGCGGCGGACGACCGCGUCGCCAUGUCGUCCGUCGCCGUGCUUCACGCCGCGCAGAUCCGCAGCAUCCGUUCCGAGAAUGCCGGCGACGCGAGGCCCGUCGGCACGCCGCCGAGUCGCGGCGGGAGUCGCGGAGCGACCCCGCGCGAGUCGCAGCGGUCGCCGGGUGUCGCCGGCGAUUGGAAUCGGAGUUAUCAAGGCCAGUCCACUCCGGGGGCAGCGUCCGGUGCGGGGUUUGGAUCGAAUGCUGCCGCGGUGGGAAGCGGAGUUAGCGGGAGCGGUUUUUGCGGGGCCGGUGGGGUCCAUAGCAUGUCGGAGCCUCGAAUCGCGACACCUGGAGCUACAGGAGACAAACUACCGCUGUCGCCUUUAUCGGGUAGGGCAGAAGCAAGCGCAGAAGCAGAAGGGGCUCUUGCAGGUGCUGCAUUAGCAGACACUCGUGCAGCAGCUGAGGCUGCAACCACAGGAACAUGCGGGGCAACUGGUGCUUAUGGUGCCAAUGGUGCUGAUGGUAUUGAUGGUGGGAUUGGUGGCACGGAUUGCACAGGCGGUGUUGAUGCUGCGGUUGGUGCUGGUGGGACAGAUGGCAUAGGUGAUGCAGGUGCGGCAGUGGGGCGAGGGCGAGAGCGGGAGAGGGAGGGUCUGCUGGUGCAGGCACUGACCAAUCAGAUGCGGCAGAACGGGGGAGAGGGGGAGGGGGGUGACGGCAGGGCGAGGGGGAGAAGAAACGGGGAGGGGGGACCGCUCGCACAGGAGCCAGCAGGGAGAGAGGCAGAGAGUGCAGGGGAGCAGGAGUGGCGGGGUGUGAGCAUGAGGGAGGGCCGAGGAGGGGGAGAGAGCGAGCUGGUGAGUCGGUCAGUGACUGAGGCGUCAGCUGGGGAUCUAUCGGCCGUGGCCAGCAAUAUUGGAGUCACUUUUGAAAACUCCCAAAAGUGA